GAGGUCACCCUGCUUCUUUCCUAGCACUUCCUCUUUUCCUCUGCCUCUUCAUUUUUUUUUUCUUCAGGAAUAAAUCAUGCUAAAGAGGGUUUAGGAGGUUUUUAAGAGGCUUAGAGGAUUAAGGACACAUCCUGAAACAUGAAGAAACAACUCCAUGUGCACAGAGACUUAUAAUUUGCCCAGAACUGAACCUACAAAAGAUCAAAAGUGAUUUUAUUUUGGUUCUUUGGAUCAUCCAAGUGAACAUGGCGUACCAUACACCAUUUUUCCCUCUGCUGGGAUGUGGGAGGCCUCUGAUGGAGCAGAUCACCGGGAGCAGCAUCAUCAUCUCUAGCCCUUCAUCAUCAUCAUCUUCAUCAUCAUCAUCUAUUCAUCAUCACCUCCAACAUGUGGAGAAAGACGAUGAGGAGGAGGAAGAAGAGGAGGAAGAGCCCGUGGUGCACCUGGAGGGCAUGGAGCUGUGGAGGCAGUUCCACCGGAUCGGCACUGAAAUGGUCAUCACAAAGUCGGGGAGGCGAAUGUUUCCUCCAUUGCGUGUGCGAUGCAGUGGUUUGGACCGCAGAGCAAGUUACGUGAUGCUGAUGGACAUCAUGUCAUCGGACGGCUGUAGGUACAAGUUUCAUCACUCGCGCUGGACGGUGGCAGGGAAAGCUGACCCGGAGUUGCCCAAGCGCAUGUACAUUCACCCGGACAGCCCGGCAUCGGGGGAACACUGGAUGUCCCGAGUAGUGACGUUCCACAAGCUGAAACUGACCAACAACAUCUCGGAUAAACACGGAUUUACCAUUUUGAACUCCAUGCAUAAAUACCAGCCUCGGCUGCACGUGGUGAGAGCCGACGAUCUCCUCAAACUUCCCUACAGUGCGUUUAGGACCUUUGUGUUUCCCGAGACCGAGUUCAUCGCAGUCACUGCCUACCAGAACGACAAGAUAACGCAGCUGAAAAUCGACAAUAAUCCGUUCGCCAAGGGAUUCCGGGACACAGGAAAUGGGAGAAGGGAGAAAAGAAAACCUGUAAUGCUGCAGUUGAAGGCCAGAGACGUGGAGCAGAAUAAAGACGGCGGAUCCUCAGACGACUCGUCCGCCGAUCGUCCCGGUCGUUUCCUCCAUGUUCCAACUGUCGCUACGUCCACGCUGAAAGAUGUCUGUGAGAGCGAGACUGAGAGUGACGCAGAAGUGGAGAACUCGAUCCAUCAGAACAAACCCGACUCCAGAGAAAUCACCUCCUCCAGCCAUGAGCCGAAAGACACGCAGCCAAUCAGAGGCGGCGAGACAGAUAAACGAGGCCGGAGCGUCGAGAAGCGCAUGUUCGACCUGAACGCUGUUCCUCUGCACGCCGAACACUUCACACGGACUCUGGAGGAGUGUUUCCUUCACCGCUGCUGCUUUGCAGGACAGCAGCUUCUCGCCGGCGUGAGAAGAACGUCACGCUUUCUGCCAAACCAAAACUGUGUAAACUUCUGGACGGCUGCUGCUCCAGCUGCUGGAGAAAGCAUCCGGGGCUGCAGCUACGGCGCCGUGGAGACUUCACACCAGGGCAUUCUGGGAAAUUUCCCACUGUGCCUUCAGCAGCCUGAAACGACCUCGCAGGCUCUGAUCAUCUCGCACUGUUACCCGUAUAACUGCAUGCUGGCGGCUCCGUGGACUCAGCGCAUGGCUGCUCCUUCUGUGAGCCAGCGGCCUCGCUGUGCUCCGUAUCCUCUCCCACACGCCUCCCACACACACCUGCUGCAGCCCAGACGCCACGCUCCAGCCCGAGUCCAGCCCGAGAGCAAAGCCAGCAGGGGUCAGAGGUCACCUACGUCACCUUCCACAUAAAAGACCUCAUUUCAACUUAACAGCAAUAAACAUUUCACACCUGUGACUGAAGUGAAAAUAAAAAAAAAAUCAUGAUGUAGAAUAGGAGCUGGAGAAAGACUCUUAAUCUCAAAAACACUCACCUGUAAGGGGGUAAAACCGGGUAAAACAAGCCACUCCUUAUUAAUUUUUUGUGCAGCGCAGUACAAUCUGAGCUGCGUGAAUGAAAUGCAUUGAGCUACAGCAAUAUUUGCACUUUACAAACAGAUUUUGGACCAAAGCUUGCAGAUUACACCUAGAACAUAAAACCGGUUGAAAUAAAAAAAAAUGAUUAAAAUCCAAUAAUUUAGUUUUAUUUUUAAAAUAAAACAAUAUAGCUUUUUUUAAGUAUUAGUACUACAAAAAAUGUUAUCCGAUAUAAAGUUUAGGAAAAAGGUUAAACAGCUGUCGGAUAUGUUGGAUAGACAUAUGAUGCAUCUUUCCUGUUUUACCUUUAUUUGAAAUUAUUAUAACACAGAAGUUCAGUAUAAGACGAAUCACAUUGUUUGUACUUUAGUUAAGUGAUCUUUUCUUCAUAAAAUGUUCAAAUGAGCCAAAAGGGCUCAAAUGUUAAAGAGUUUUAUUUGCCAUGGCUUGUCUUCCCCUGUUUUCCUCCACAGUGUAACCCAUCCUGGGAGUGUAACCCAUCUAUAAGAAGCCCAUAACAGAUAAAUGUAAAUGUAAAAUAUGGAAUUUAGGCUAUUUAUUCUUUAGCAUUUUGCAGAUAUGUGUGCAUGAGUAAUAUAUUGGAAGAGAACGUGAAAGAUAUAUAAAAUGGAUUUGUCACCAAAUAAAGUGAAUGGCUUUGU